AUGCCUGGGGCGAAGUCAGUGGACCAACCGUUCGGAAAAGAGCCUUCGCACGGGCAGUUCGUCGAGCUGCACAGAACUCGCCUCCGCAGCAUUACCUUGAGCAUCGGGGGCUUGGACACGACCACCUAUGACACUUUCAUGCAAUGGUUGCCGAAUGCACCUUACGAUGUUGUUUGUUUGCAAGAAAUCCAUCAUGGACUAGGCAAGGAAUCAACACAAUGGGUUGCAGCUGGUUGGAGGUUUAUCACGACGGUUGACCCCAAAACCAGAUUUCAAGGCGUGGCCGUGUUGAUUCGAGAUUCUCUGUGUGACAAUGGCGAGCUGCACUUCCAGGAGACCGUGACGGGAAGGAUCCUACAUGUCAGACUUCAGAAGGCGCAUCAUUCUAUUGACAUUAUUGGGAUCUACCAACAUGCUCUGCAUCUGGAGGCGCGAAAACAAAACCUUCAUCAGCGACAUCAACUGUGGGACCAACUAGGCUCUGUGGGUACCGAAUAUGCCGCGGCAGUCAAGUACCCAGAUGCAGGUGAGUUUGCGGCCCUCCUUGAGGCACCUGGCGAUCGCAUCCAGCAUUCCGCUGCACCCUGGGUGGACUUGAAGCCAGACUCGGCGGUCCUCGUAUUCAAGCCCUUCGCACAGCCCUUCAAGAAUACCUGCACCAGGUCAUUUUCCUCUUCCCCAAACAACCGACGCCCAGAGAGCCCAGAGCUUGGCAAAUGCCAGUGGUGCAAGGCUUUCAAGAAGUACACUGUUUUCAUCAGGGCCUACAAACUUCUCAAGCAGCAAGGCAAGACGGCCCGCAAGGCACUUCUCAACAAAGAGCUCGCCCUUGCAGCUGAAGGGGAAAUUCUGCGAGAUGCUGAGGAGCACCACACCAUUGUUCGGCACUUUGAGCAGCUCUUUCAGUCUCUUCAAGAGCCGGAACCAAACAACAUUGUGCUGAGUACCACACUGCAGGUCACAGAGAAAGAUCUCUAUGAGGCACUGGUGGGCUCAGUGAACGCCAGCCUGAAUGGGCAGUCUACUCCGGAGCUGUGGGUAAACAACGGCCCUGUGGAGCUUGUGGUGCGCGGCCCCUACACCGUACCCAGCAUCGAUGCAGAGUUCUCUAUCAACUUUGCUUGCUACCGCGUGCCCACCUUCAGGCUCUUCGCGGCAUUGCCUGCAUCAGCCAUAGCCUCAGCUCCCUUCAUGGAACAGAGAGGAGCAGAGGCCCUGCAGGAAGUCCGCCAGAUGUUUCCACAUCUUGCGGCAAGGACGGGGCAACCGGAGGCGCCGGAUGCGGACAUGAGUGCAGCCCCAAUCCUGGGACGCCGAGACCGGGAGGAGAACUCACAGGAAGCCCCGGAGAAGUACCCGAGGCCAGCAGGCGAGGGCCAAGCUCCGCCGACGGGGAAAAGUGCGGCGGGGGAAGCUUCAACCACUGCUCCCGUGACGGGGGACCCGGCACCGAAAGCUGCAGCGAGCUCGCCGGCUCAGCAACGAUUGCAGCAGGGGCAGCAGGCGGGAAAGACCAACAGCGGCCGAGUACGGCAGUGGACUCAGGAGGAGUGGGAUUCCUGGACAAGCUGGGGGCAAAAAAAAUGGGAGCUCACCACGAAGGAACUUCAGAGAGAAGUCGAAAACCUUCGGGAGAACGUUCGACUCCUAGCCCGCAUCUCAAUGCGGCACGAGGACGAGCUGAGCCAGAAGAGGACCGAAACGGACUUUAUCCUCACACUGGAGGUAGCUCCAGCCGAUGCCACCCCGGACCAGGAAGGCCUACUGGAGCAGCUAUACAAAAUGACGGUCGAGUGGAAGACCAAGCAAGAGCAAGGAAAGGUCAACAACUCCUUGCGACUUACUUUGUUCAUCGGCCUCCUCAUGUACUACGAACUCAAAGUCCACGAGGCGACAGCCUCAGCCGAAUCCCUGGAGCAUCUGGCUCAGCUGGGGUAUCUUCGACAGCUGGAGGGAAAUCCAGUCUGGAACUACCUGCGAUGGAGCUACGACAAGGAGGAAUUGGAAACAUCCGAGCAGCCUCCAUUGCCGGAUGCGGAGCUCCGCUCCCUGCUGACGGUUUUGAAGACCAGCAUCGGUGCCCCCGGCGUUUUGCUCCGAUUCCACAGCUCGAGGAAGUUGGUGGAGCAGCACAAGUCGGCGGUGACCUUCUUUCUGGGAAUCGGAAUGAGGGAUCCGCAAGCCCUCAUCUGUUACCGGGCCCUGCAGCAGCUGUGCUUCAGCUCGAGCACCCAGCUGAUCAAGAUGAGGCUGAAGCCGGUCAAGAUGGAAAGGCAGCCCCUUGUGAAGAUCCUCCAGGAGAAGUUUCCAGCGCCGCCCGCUCGAAGCGAGGAGCAGCGAGUGACCUUCCUGGCUCGAACUCAGCAGCAGUGGCGAAAGGGGAAAGGAACAGAUCCGUCAAUGUACUUUGGUAUGCUCACGCCUCAGACAUUGCUGAUGGAAUGGCGGCCGGUUCUCAACGAGCAGCAAAAUGACAUUGUUUGCCACCACUUGCAUUGGAAAUUCAUCCAGAUGGUUUGCAGGCGCCGACCCUUCUUUACCUACAACUCAAGCGGUACACUCGGCAG